AUGAAAUCCCUGCUGUUCGCUUUGGGCCUCGCCCUCUGCUGCUUCGUCCAGGCUAAUCAGGAUGAGCGAUUUGAGCGUAGUGAUCUUCGUAGGUUCAUUGGAGACUGGAACGUUAGAGCGAUCGCAACUGAUUGCCAGAAGGUAAAGGAAAUGUUUCCCCGCAUGCCAGCAUCUCCCAUCUCCUUUAAGCAAAUGUCGCCGGACGAACUGAAAAUGACCAUGGUGAUAGCCACGCCACAAGGGUGCAGGACAAUGACUCCGAUGCUCAAGAGAGAAAACGGGGUCUUCACCUCUACGUGUGGGAACGGCGUCAAAAAGACGGUGGAAAUGAUCAACCUGAAUGAAAACUUUAUGUCCGUCCUUGUCACUAUUUCCCAUCAGAAUGGCCAGUGCACAAUGGCAACACUUUUGAGUGGAAACAGGCCAAGGGCCCACUCAGGUCUGACUGUUCUCUCCACAGGCAGGGAUCUGGAGGACCUUACGGUGGCCAUUGAGGAUUUCAAAGCCUUUGUUGCUAGGAACGGCCCGGAAGGCGAAGAGAUUCACAUCCUGCCCACAAAAGGUGACCAGAGCGGAGGCCUCGAAACGGCCGAGAGAAAUGGCUGGGCAUGUUUUGGACUUGGCUAA